ACAGAUGUCGAGUCCAUCAGGACGGGUGAACACACCACUCCGGCCUUGACCGAUCUUUGUACACUGCAUAAUACGUCGCUACAGCUGAAACGAGGCCCAGACUUACGUAAUAUGUGUGUUGGGCUUUUAUUUCCACUUUUGGGGUUAUCUAUUUUGCCGGGACGCGAUGGCGCGUAGAAGCUACCCAUUCAACACAUUUGAGGAUCCCAUCCGCAGACUGUACAUCCAUUCGUUGUUGCUGCUGCUUCGCUCGUUACAGAGACAUAGCCCUGGGGUUCAAUAGAUCACCAGGAUAUCCACGACAGCUCUGAUAUCCUUACACAUCCAUCAAUAUGGGAAGAGAGAUUGUCAGCGUGUCCGUCGGACAAGCUGGUAACCAGAUUGCUCAAGCAUUUUGGCUCAACAUCUUGGAGGAGCAUGGUCUAGACAAGAAUGGGAAAUACACUGGGAACGACCAACAGCAGCUUGACAAAGUCGACGUCUACUUUACCGAGGCGUCCAAUCGCAAAUGGGUUCCUAGGUCUAUCCAGAUCGACUUGGAGCCCGCAGUCCUGGAUACUAUCAAAGCUGGUCCACUCUCCAACCUCUUCCGACCGGAUACCUUUGUACACGGUGAAAGUGGAGCGGGAAACAACUGGGCAAAGGGAUACUAUACCGAAGGAGCGGAGCUGGUGGACCCCGUUCUGGAUGUCUUGAGAGCUCAGGCAGAAGCUGCAGACUCGUUGCAGGGUUUCCAAGUCCUGCACUCGCUCGGAGGAGGAACUGGAUCAGGAUUGGGCUCUCUCCUCCUCGGCAAGAUUCGAGAAGAGUAUCCCGAUCGUAUGCUCGCUACCUUCUCCGUCUUCCCUGCCCCGUCCGUCUCGGAAACCGUCGUCGAACCCUACAAUGCCGUCCUGUCCACCAACAACCUCGUUGAGAACAGUGAUAUCACUUGUUGUAUCGACAACGAAGCCCUGUAUGCCAUUUGCAACACCGAGCUCAAAUUGAAGGAACCUCAGUACAAGGAUCUCAAUCAAUUGAUCGCAAAGGUCAUGGCUGGAUUUACAACCACACUGCGAUUCCCCGGUGUCCUGAACUCUGACUUGCGGAAACUGGCUGUCAAUAUGGUACCCUUCCCGCGUCUGCAUUUCUUUACUGCCGGAUAUGCUCCUCUCGUCGCAUCACACACCAAGUCUUUCACCUCGUCGCGAGUGCACGAUCUCACCUCUGCCAUCUUUCAAAAGAAGAGUUUGCUGGCGGCUAUUGACCCAGCUAUGGGCAAGUAUUUGACUGUCUCAGUCGCGUAUAGGGGUAAAUUGAGCAUGAGAGAUUUGGAGAAUGCAGUGUACGAAUACCAGAACAAGAACUCGACCCUCUUUGUUCCCUGGAUUCCAAACUCUUCGCUCACUACUCUCUGCACUGUUCCUCCAAGGGAUCAACCGGCCGCCGCGACCCUUGUCGCUAACACCACGGCCAUUGCAGAGGUCUUCAAAAGGUCUCAUGCACAGUUCAGGUCACUGUUCAAGCGCAGGGCGUACACUCAUUGGUACACUGGAGAAGGAAUGGAUGAGAUGGAGUUCACCGAGGCCGAGGGCAAUUUGGCAGACCUGUGCACAGAAUACGACCAAUACGCCAAUGCGGAGAUCGAUGACGAAGAAUAUGCCGAGGAAGUUCCUGUCGAAGAAGAAAUGGGUGAAGAGGUCUAUGACGAGUAGUCGAGAGCGAAAGACUCUUAAGAUGGGCCCGCCCGUUGGGAAUUGGAAGAAAAUCUGCUUUUGCUGUAUAGUCCUGAUAUACUUAAUGCAACACGUACUACUAGAGCUUUGGG